AAUGUAAGUGGUAUUUUUGAGGUGCGAAGUAAGUGAUGGGGAAGUUGGAUUGCAGAUCUUGUGUGGUGUUGGUAGCUCGGAAGAGUGGUGUUUCACUUGUGUGUGUAUUCGGGUUCGUGUCGAUUCUGACGUGCUUGAUGCUGUGUGUAUUGUGGUUCAGGAGUCCCUUGCACGCUGCAAGCACACACACAGGGCGGCUUGGAAGCGCAUGUGCUGUCAAACAAGUGCUGUUGGACUCGGCUCCGAGUAAUUUGGCUUGUCAAGACACAAGUGGCAAUUAACUCGAAAUGAAAUGUAGAAUUAUGUCAUGGAUUGUUGAAAAAUGCAGUCCUUCCUCUAAACUCUUCAGAUGGAAAGAUGAGCACAAAGGUGAAAUUUGUGGUGGAUGGGUCCGUGGAGCAGGACUUGAUGUUAAAAGCAGCUCAGUCGGUCCAAAGUGCCCGUCUUCCAACAGAGAAAAUCACCGGUAUUGAUGUCUUGCAGCUGAAAAGCAAGGACAAGCACCUAUAUGUCUGUGGUCAGUUUUCUGGGGAAGCUUUUGAACACUUGGCCAAUAUAAAGUGCAGGAUUGUAGGACCUCAGUGUGUUGUAUCAUGUCUGGAGCUUCAGAUAGCAGUUCCCAAUGUCCCGCAUCCAAUCAACAACAUAGCCAUGCAGGAUGUAGUGGUCAGCUGCUCAAGCAUAGAAAAGGCACAGAGGGCACAUAUCCAUCAGCUAUUGGAAUGGAUGGGAGGGCGUGUUUCCAAGGACCUGACUGAAAUGGUCACUCAUCUGGUCGUAGGAGAAGUUGGCUCCAAGAAAUAUCAUGUUGCUGCCAACCUGAAGAAGCAGAUUAUGUUGCCAGACUGGAUAGAAGUAGCAUGGGAAGAGAGUCAGACCAGGCAUUUCAGUGCAACAUCCGAAGCAUUCCUGAGUGAAUACAGGUGUCCCGCAUUCAAAGGGUGCAUUAUCUGUGUGACUGGUGUGGAGUCUUCGCAACGACAAGAUGUCAGGCAACGUGUGCCUCAAUCUGGUGGCUACUACACAGGAGAGCUUAAGUACAACGAGUGUACCCAUCUUAUAGUAGGUGCUGCACGAGGCCCAAAGUUUGAAUUUGCUAGGAAGUGGAAGAUUCAUACAGUUUCAAUCAAUUGGUUUUAUGACAGUAUAGAGGCUGGUUACUGUCUGGAUGAACAACUCUAUAAUGUGCUCUCACAAGAACGACCAACUUCUACCCCAGUCAAGGCUAAUCAAAACCAAAGGCUCAGCACCCUUGGUGAUAUCAGUGCAAUAAAUGUUAGCAGUAUCAAUCCUGUAAAUGAGACGGCUGUAAGUGAGUCUAAUAUCACCAUGGAAACCAGUCGUCUGGCCCCACCUCCUCGACCUCAGAGUGGCUUAGAGGAGCUGGAAAAGCUUGAUCUUGCCGCAUGUGAAGCAGAGAUGUUUCUUGAUGGUUGUAAGAUUUUCUUGAGUGGGUUCUCUGGGCAACAUCUGGAGAAGCUUCGUAAAGUAGUGAAUGCAGGAGGUGGAACUCGCUUCAAUCAGAUAAAUGAGAAUGUGUCUCAUGUUAUCAUCGGAAACAACAUAGAGGAGCAUGUUGAAGAGUUGAAGGGUUUACCAAACAGGCCAUUAUUAGUGUCCGUCCACUGGUUGCUAGAGUGUGCUAAGCAAGGCAGACAAGUCUCUGAAGGUGACUUUCUGCUCAAGGAUAUCCUGGAUGUUGAAGAGGCUGGCAAGGAGAAUGAAAUCACUUUCAAACUUCCUGGUAAUCAACAACCAAAGAGAGUAUCUAAAGUAGGUGCAAGGAAGAAGUCUGAUGAACACACUGUAGAAGAAGAAGAUAUAUUGAGCCAGUACUUACCAAAUGCUACAUCCACAGGUGCAGGAGGCAACGACUCCACGAUGAUUCAAGAAGAAAACACAGACAGAACUCUGGGUGAUGAAAAUAAGAGCAGAGGAGAUGAUGAUGAUGAUGAUGAUGAUGAUGAGACACAGAUAGAUGAGAACGAAGGAGGAGAGGAUGAGGGAGAUGGAGAAAGGAGUGGAAUCUUUGCAGGGAAGAAGUUUGUUGUUACUGGUUUCCCUCCUGAGCAAUAUCAUGAAGUGUGUGAAAUGAUCCCUAGUCAAGGAGGUGUGGUAUUACCCCUCAACACACGAACCAUCCCUGACUACGCAGUGGUUCCUAUCAUUGGUUCACCUGUCAAGAUCACUGUAGGUGAGAUAGUGACUAACUGCUGGCUACAGAUGUCUUUGGAAGGAGAGGCGCUGUUGGAACCGUCCAGCAAUGAUCUCUUCACUCCUAUCCCCAUCAUGAAGGAAGCCAUGCCGUUACGGGAUUGUGUCAUAUCUAUAAGUCAGUACUGCUAUGUGGAGCGUGACUGUCUCCUGCACAUUGCUGAGCUGCUUGGAGCACGGUGUCAGGAGUACUUUGUUAGGAAAGCUGUCAACAACCUUGAAGCAAACACUCACCUGCUGCUAAGAGACCCUGAGGGUACCAAGUAUGUGGCUGCUAAGAAGUGGAAGGUGCCCGCUGUUACUAGACAUUGGCUGCUGGACUGCGCUAGGACGGGGAAGAAACGGCCAGAGAAGAACUAUCUUGUUGACCUUCCACAGAAAGCAUCAACUGACCUUUCUACUUCAACCAAAGAGGACCCAUCACCACGAAAGGAAUCACCGAAAGCUGAAGAAGCCCCUCCAGCACAAACGAAACCCCCAUCAUUGCAGAAGCAACCAGAAAAGCCUUCUGAGGAUCAUCCUCCGAAGACACCCAAGAGUGUGACAAUCAAUGAGAAGUCUCUUGUGCAGGAGAUGUCCAAAGCAUCCACUCCUGCAGGUCGGCCCAUCAGGAACAAAUCCCUCGAGAUGGUGAAGCAGCCAAUCACGAACAAGACUGUAGACCAGGUCAAAGGUCAGACUCCCGGCGGCAGAGAGAGUACCCCUAGCAGGAUCUUGCGUCCAGGUUUCAAACCCUCGUUUGACUUGGAUGAUGCCGUAGCAGCCUUAGAUUCCCCUGGGAUGCCAGCAGGGAAGGGUUAUCGAAGGAAGUCUAGCUUGCCAUUGGAGGAAUUCUUCCAUCAGAACAUUGCCAAUGCCCUACAGAUGGGGAGCAACACCAAAGGAGGGGCAGAGGAUGAAGAUGAUGAUAUUGUUUUCAAAGAAGAGGAGCCUGCACCAGGUAUUCUCCAUGGAGUAGUCAUCUGUGUGAGUAAGAAACUGAGCAGGAAGCAAGGAGAUUACAAUGACAUUGCCGUGGCGUUGGGAGCAGAGUACCACUGGACGUAUGAUGAACAUUGCACCCAUUUCAUCUUUCAGGGUAAAGCCAAUGACACAGCCAAAGAGUUCCGUCUAGCGAAGAGUCAAGGGAAGAUCAUUGUUUCUUCCCACUGGCUGCUUGCUUGUCAGGAGGAAAAUAAAAGACUAGAUGAAACCUGCUAUCCACACACCUUCAACCCUAAACUUAGUCUGUCUGUUGUGGCUUCCCAAAGUCGUACACCAGCUCGUUCCAAGAGGUCGAAGGUCGCACCCCCUGCAUCGGCUACACCUCUAGCCCCCAAACCACCUCCACCGGCUACACCACUCGCCCCCAAACCACCUCCACCCAUGGAGAAGAAAGAAGAGGAGUUGGAGGCAGAUACAAUGUCCGACGAUGAACUCCUGAGGGCAGUAGAGAUUGAAGAACAGAGCAAGACACCGGGGGAUCAUGGGACAUCUAUCAAACAAGAUCUGCAGAAACAGCUAGAAGACAUCAUGCCGUCUAGUCUGAACCUAAGAGGUAGUCGUAGGCGGGGUAGACGGCCGGGUAGCAGCGCAUCCAUCUCAAUGGCUGGAGACUCUGCGGAUGAUAGUACUGGUGGAAGGAGAAGCACAAGGUCCAGAGCCAAACGUGGCCCAGAGAAGAAAGAGAGUGAUGCUGGCAAAGACUUGGGUCAACAUGUGGAGGCUUCUCAGAGUGUCCAGAUCACAUGGGAUGACCCUACUAGUCGCAGGGAGAAAGAGAAGGUCAUGGCACAGAUCAAACGUACAGACAACGGUCACGCUGAGCCUGAACAGCAUGGGGAGGAUGUUCAGCAGGAGGAAGAGCAUGUUAUGCAGGACCAAGGAGCAACUAAGACUGACUUCGCUAGACCAAGUACAAGUUCCCACAAAGCAGAAGACAGCCCACCCACCCCUACUCCCAAAGCUCCGCCCAUCAGACUGCCCCCUGCCAAGCCUGCUGUAGCUCCUCAGCCAAUGGAUGAGACACAGGAUGAUCCACAGCAAGAGGUUUUGACAAAGCAGACAGCCUUGCCUCCCAAGUUUUUGUUCACUGGAAUGGGUGCUCACGAGAAGAUUGAUUAUAGCGCCCUCAUUGAGGAGCUUGGGGGAGAAGUCAAAGAUGCUCAGUACUUUGAUGCUUCUUGCUCUCAUAUCAUUGUAGGAAUCCCAACUAGGAAUGAGAAGUAUCUAGCUGCAUUGGCUACGGGCAAAUGGGUUCUACAUAAAUCCUAUCUGGAGGCUUGCAGAGUAGAAAGGGCCUUUGUCGAGGAGGAGCCUCAUGAGUGGGGUAAUAGAACUGAUCUUAGCAAGCUGAAUGAGACCGGUAAGAAGAUGGCUGUAGCUGCCACAAGAUGGAGGAUGAGAAUCCAGGACCAAGAAAAGAUGGGUUCAAUCAUUGGAGCGUUUGAUGGAUGGAAGGUCCUGCUGCUUGUUGAGAAGAGUAAAGAGAUGUGCUUCAAGCGUCUCCUAGAGGCAGGCGGCGCUAAAGUCCUGGCUGUUAGACCACCCUUCACCAGCCAUCUCGAUGCCAGCCAUGCUUUCUUUGACCUUCACAAGGUCAAGGUCACGGCUGACGCGGUUGCCAUUGAGGAGUUAGUACAGUCUGGUAUCAUGUGUUUGAAGCCAGAAUACAUUGCAGACUAUCUGGUCCAAGAUCCAUGCCCAGAUCCAGAAAACUACAUCAUCAAUGAGGCUAAGCCCAUCCUACAGAAACUUGUAGACCAAGCCGGAUCAGCAACUAAACGCAGAGGAUCUGAACUUGCUACAACACCUAGGAAUAAGAGAACUAGACAUCGCUAGAGUCAGAGAGACAUCAAAGGAUAAAAUGCUUCUUUGGGAUUAUCGUUGAUCAAGCUAUGAUAUCAUGUAAACACAGGGGACCAAAAUUUUCCAUCAAUCCAAAGAGCAAAGGAACUAAACAUUGCUAGGAAGAUAUCGAUAGUUGAAGUGUUCUUCAAACAUGCAGACUUUACAGUGUAGAUUUUCUUUGUGCAUGAAUGUCAUUCUCAAAUUUUUAGCAUUCUAUGAGGCAAAUUCAAGCACCUGCAUUUAGAAAAAAGGUGAUAUCAUUUUGAUCCUUAAUGACAUCACUGUUGAAUCUUUCUUUGACCACGUGCUAAAAUAUUGGUUUUUGUAGGAGAGUGAUUUACCAAUUUCAGAACUACUGAAAGAAUUCUGGUUUUAUAUCAGAACAAGACAGUUUUCCAGUUUUCUGGCAAGCCGUAUGUCAAAUACUGUAUUGAUCGAGCAUAUGUCAGACUGUGUGCCUUCUAUAUGUCAGUGUUCAUAUGUAACCCAUUAUGUACAUGUACUGCACAUGUUGUAACCUUGUAACUAUGUGUAUGUAUGUAUGUUAGGGCAUUAAAAAUGAAGCCAGUAAUAAUUGUGAAUGUAUGAACUAAACGAAAGGGAGGAUAGGAAGUAUUUCUUGUAGCCAUGCACUGUAUACUGAACACUGUAACAUGCAUUUUAACAAAAAAUGUAGUAGACUGUUUAUCAUAUGUUUGGAUGUUUGUAUGUUUGUAUGUGCCUUUCAAGCAAGUGAUAUUUAAAGGAUCAUUAUCUUGCCUACUACUUGCCCCAAAUAGAAAUUGGAUGUACAUUUUUACACAGUAAAAGCAAUGAUUUAGACCAAAUUCAAUUCAACAUCAAUUGUGACAAAACAGUGGGAAAUGAACUCUGAAUUAAAGUUAGCUGAUUUGGUGUAAAGUCAAAGCCCAACUUACAGAUCAUUCAAUUUUCAUCACGAUUUAAUAAAUAACUGCAUGAGAUAAAAUGUCAGCUUAAGUUUUCCAAAUCUCUCUUGAGUGUGACAUGGUUGUUGAGUUUGAAAAGACAAAGUAUAUUUGAAUAUUAAACUGUUUUAAUACUGAAUACUUUAGGUAUGUUAAUGUUAAAUUUGCUUGUUUUUAGAUUACUCUCUACAAAGCCUGUGGCACUGUAGUUAUAAUUGAAAAGAAAAAUGAAAAGAGCUUGCUUUGUUUACGCUCAUUGUUCAGCUGCAUGAACACAGGAUAUUGCACAGCUGCAUGAACACAGGAUAUUGCACAGCUGCAUGAACACGGAAUAUUGCACAUUGUAAAUCUAAAUGAAACAAUUAUGUUAGGCAAAUAUAUCAAUGUCCUGUAGCAGUGCACACAUCUUGAAAUUUCUUCAUGGUUGAAAGUAUUUACUGUAUCUGGUUGGUAUUAUUAUUGGAAUACAGGGCUGGUUGCAAAAGUAUACAUUUAUUAUUCUUGUGUUUUUGUUUUUAUAAUUGUCUGUCUCUCUUUGUGUCCUGAACUGUAAAACAGAUAAGAGAUAGAGAGUUGGCAACUUGGGAUAUUUAUCAUUUACGAUUGAAUAUCGAUUGUUCCCUGAAGAAUUAUGCUACUCUGGCUUUUUCCUCUGAAAAGUGAAAAUGUGGACCAUCUCUCAUGUUUCUAAACAUUGUCUCUAGUAGCUUGUGAUUUGGACUGUAAAGUGGUAUGAUCAGUUUGUGUCUUCACAUCAGUUCCAUGCAACUGCACAAAGUUUUUCUAAUACCAAAGAUAUCCAUCCUAUUAGAUGUAGAUCCAUGUAAAUCCACAAAUUUGUAUGGGCUGAUUGGAUUUUCCAUUUUGUGCCUUUGAGAAUUUUAACACAUUAAACAUUGGAAUGUACUGAAAUGGUCUCAAGACAUACACUGACUGUUGCCUAGCUUCUGAAAUAUUCCAACAUGUCCUAAAUGCAUUUUAACAUAUUUUAUAGAUUUUUAUGAAGACUUAAUGCUGUGUUUGUAAAUUAAUAAAUAAUGCUGUAAAUAUAUCUUAUCAAUGAGAUUUUACCUCUUUCUGAUUAUGUGAAUAAAAUGUCUGGAUUAUAUACAAGA